AUGACGCCAUCACAAAGAGGCCGGUAUGGGUGUGAGGCGCGUGACACUAAAUGGAGAAAAGCAGGUGAGUCAACGAAAUAGAGGAAUUAAACUGAAAGUCAAAACUUUAUUGAUGUCACUAUAAAAUACUUUAUAAUGUCUUUGUUGUGUUGUCUUAUUAAAGGUGUGGCUAAAAACACAACUUUUAAAAUUGUGUUAAAUAAGUCAGAGAGCUAUGUUUUAUAUUACCUUGUAUAAACACAGUAAUGUGACUAGAAGAUGAAGUCUAAGCCCACAUUUAAAAAUAUAUUGUACUGCUGCUGUGAAAAGCUUAUUUGUAAAGUGUGUGUGUGUGUGGUGCCUCACUCUCAGGGGGCCGGCUGGUGUCUUAUUAAUGUUAGGGAUACAGGAGUCUUGUGUUUCUGUGUGUCGUCCUGCAUCUGGAAACCAAACCAAACAAAAACACGACCCCCCAAAGCCUGGCUGGAUAACAUCUCACUGUCUCCCUUGGUGCCAGAAAGUGAAACGUCAAAGAUGCUGUGGGUCUCUAAUGCUUCAUUAAUCAUGCAGAUUCAGCUCAGCCUUAACCAGGUCAAACAAGCCUUUGUUAACUCAUGUGCAAGUGUGUAUGUGUGCACGUAGGUGUGCAUGACUUAAGGAAGCCUCAAUAAUUCAGAUGGUGGGGCAAGGUGCCUAAAGAAUCUCAAAUGGCCCCUUUGCACUCCAUGUGAUGGAAAACACUCAAAUCUGAUCAGCAGGAUUUGUUUACACAUACAAGCGCUCACACAAGAUGAGGAAAUGGUGUUGUGUUACUUCUGAGUUUUCUUUGUGUUCAAGGCUGUACAGCACAAUUGCAGAAUACCAUCACUGUUAUUUAGCACACUGACUAAUCAAACUCUUGCUUUCUUACUUUGUUUUUCUCGCUCCUUAACUCAGAUGCCCCAGUUCUCUUGUUGAAGCGGGAAGGAGGUGGACCUCAGCCAUGGACCCAUCACCCUCACCCUAAAGGACAGGUCCACAGAUCUCACUUCCCUCCUCCUCCUCCACUUCCUACUCCUCAUCUCCCUCUCUUCCACACCCGGCAUGCAGAGGAGAGUGCUGAGAGGCCCCAUCUGGUCACUAUCGUCCGGCCCUGUGGUCAGAGUGCACUACGAAAGGUGAACUCCAUAGUCACCAUUUUUGUAGCCCUCAUAUCUGGAGGUUUCUGGAAAAGUCAGCUUGUGGUAUAUUUCUUACAGAGAUGCUCAAAUAAAUUUAUAAUUUUCUUUUCAUAUUGUUCCUCAACAGUAAGAAUUCCUCCACUGUCCCCCAAUUUGAAGUCUUUAUGGAGGAGAAAUCUAUGUUGGAGAGUGAAAUAAUUCUGCCUAUAAAAAUAAAAUUGAAUUUAAAAUGUUCUGAGAGGAAAAAAAACCUGUAGUAGACAGAGUAUUAGAGGCUUAACUAGAAAAAGGAUUACACAACGGUCAUUUUUGUCUCUUUGUCUUUCAGGUAACUGUCCUGUUAAAUCGCAGGGGUGUGGUGUCUUACGAGCAACUGCUAUUGGAUAUCUCGGAGGCGUUGGGGUUUCCUCGCUGGCACCGAGCCAGAGUCACACGCUUGUACACGACCCACGCACGAGAGGUGAGGCUCAAACAUGGUCGCAGUAACCUGCUUAGCAGCCUCUAGGGUAGAAGAUCAUCUGAUGGGCUUUUAGUCACUACCUCUCUGUUCCUCCCACAUCCCCCUCUUUGCAUGCACAGGUUGGACCUCAGGCAAAGUGCUAGAAACAUGUUACCACAAAACUGAAAUGACUGAUGCCUUCAAAGCAGGUUUUGCCCCCCCAUUACGACAGGGCCCCCAGAUUACGUGAAGAGGCAGGACACCCCUGGGGGCCUUUGACUGUCAGUCAAUAAUGUGCUGCAGGCCUCUCCUAUGCAAAUAAACAGUUGCAUUUGCUGAAACAAGUCACCUCAUGAUGCACCUGAAAUUUCGGAGGCUCCUUCAGUUAUUUCAUCUCCAGGACAUUGUCUCACCACCUUUUGAAGAUUUAAGAGUGUCACUUCGUUUUUGUAUGCAAAUACUGUGUAAUACCGAGCUUAUAAAAUCAAUCAGCUGAUUGGGUUAACUGGAAAAGAUAACACAUUUAGGUAGAACUACAUCAGAUUGAUUAUUGAUUGUUUAAAAAAAUGAUUGGCCAAGAAUUAAGAUGCUGAUGAUUUGUUCUAGUGCUUUUUGUAGAAAAAAAGUCCAAAAUUUGCUUGAUUCAGCCUCUAAAUGUAGGAACUUGCUUUUUAUCCCAUAGUUCAAAAAAUGAAGUAGAGAGAGGACAAAAAAUAGCUUCUAGCAAGCCAGCUGUAGCAUCCCUCUUAAAGAUGAUUAUACACUUAAAAACUGAGAUUUAUAGAUUUACUGCGAAUAAAAAAAACAAAAAAACAUUAAAGCUUGUGCCUCUUUGAGUCACCUUUAAAUGAACUUUAAUACUUUCUAACAGCUCUUUAAACUGUUUUCAUUCAGUCUUGUAACUAUGGUCCACCAGAAGUAGUGUACUUCAAAAUAAAAGCAUAGUUGUAAAAGUCAGGAGCUAAAGCAAUUAAAAUAAGGGACAGAAAAAGAUUUCAAAACAAAAGCCUGACCUUUAAAAUGUUUUGUGUAGCAAAUUUUCUUACAUUUAAAACCUUAAAUUUAAACAUCAUAAAAAAUUGUUUCUUUGUGAUUUAACUGUGCUUUAGUAAGUAAUGUGUCGCUCCACCUUUAUCCUGCCUUUCCUGAAUUUGACUGAUAAUGUUGUUGAUAUGUUGUUAAUAUUAUUAUGAUACUUCAUGGCCUAAAUAAUUGUGAGAUAAAAAUCUGAUAUGAAAUUAGGAUGCUGUACUUUUGGCAUUUCAUAGACUAAAUACCAAGAAAACUGGCCAAUUAAUAAAUAAAAAUAAUCAUGCGUUGUUGUCCUUUGCUCUUUACAGUCUGAGGAUGAGCAAAUUAUUUUAAACAAGUCUGUAAUUCUGCAGAAAUAUCAAGAAAAUCAGGUUAUUCCAGUUAAUUAAGAUAUAAUGAGAAAAUCAAGUGUAAUUGUUCAGUUUUUGUCUUCAACUCUUGCUCGUUUCUUUUCAUAUAUUCACAGGUGAAAGGUGUGUGUGACUUUUUUCGAGGGGAGGUGGCUCUCCUGGCUCUGGGUAAAGCUCGUCCAGAUCUGAGCAGUGUUCAAGAAGCUCUGGAAGAGCUUUUUCCAGAACACUCCCAUUACCGAGCCGACGCUCUGCGGGCCUGGGAGAAAAGACUGCGUCCAGCGCCGGAUAAAGCAGCCAAGGCGGACAGUGGGUACAGUGAGGGGACGGACGGCGACGAGUCACAAACUAAGAAGGAAAAAGACUUGAAUCCACAUGUCAAAAACCAGACUGAUACACAUAGAAACACACAGCUGCCUCACUUUACUGACACACACCAGUCUGAGAAGUGUCAUAAAAAGGACUCCUGCAGAAAACCUGCUUUCAAACCCAACCACCUGCAGAGACUACGAGUCAAGGGCGGGGUCAGGGAGAGACCACCCUCUGUGAUUGGUCCGUUCAAACAUGAAGAAAGUCCUCGAGAGGUAGACAUACCCUCUCCUCCUUUAUGUGAAAACUGCUUAGUAAGAAGAUCUAAACAUCAGGUGACAGAGCGACCAAAUCUACUCUCAGGGAGGGUCCCACUUCCUCCUGUACCCAGGAAGCAGAAAGGAAGUUGUCACACAGAUCAGGAAGAGAAGAAGGUGUAUGUUCAUAUAAGCCCUCCUCCCCCUCUUCCUCCUCCUCCUCCUCAGCCAACCAGCAAAGACGAGGAGAAAAGUGUUCCUCAGUUAAAACUUUUAAAUCCGCUUCCAGAUGUGGGACAUAAAGACGUUCAGCAGCAACUGACCUUUGACCUCCACUCAGAUUGCAGUGAUGUCACUCUUGCAGACAUCGAACGCUGCUAUGAAAUUGGUCGCGUGGUCGGAGACGGCAACUUUGCAGUAGUGCGAGAGUGCUGCCGUCGUGACAACAGGCAAACCCUGGCUGUGAAAAUCAUUGAACGCUCCAAGCUGAUUGGUCGAGAACACAUGAUGCAGAAUGAACUGAGCCUUCUGGGUAGCCUCUGUCAUCCCCGCAUAGUGCGGCUUUUUGCACACCACCACACACCCACCCACUCCUACCUGGUGAUGGAGCUGGUGAGCGGGGGGGAUCUGUUUGAGGCCAUUAGUGAGAGGGGGAAGUUUGCGGAGGCUGAGGCAGGACUGAUGGUGUCCGACGUGAGUGACGCUCUGCACUUCAUCCACAGCAAAAGUAUCGUCCACAGAGACCUAAAGCCUGAAAACCUGCUGGUGAGUGUCAGUGGAAGUUACAGGAGGAUGUAGGCUGGAUUAUUGCAACUUUGACCACCUUUUUCACAUGGACACUAGGGGUUGCCAAAGAUACACACAGAGUGUCUUUAAUGUCAUUUAAAACAACAAUUUAGGGACAGAUACUGGUUGGUUUGUGCUGUGUUGAGUUAAUGAAUCAUACUACUUACACAUGUUUUUUUGUGAGUGUGUGUGUGUUAUGGGAAAUGUAAGAUUUUUAAAAAGUUGAUCUGACUGAACUCUAACUUCCUUUAUGUCUAACUCUGUUUGUCUUGCCCUCUCUCAGGUAGAGUGUGUCACUGCUGACAUCUGCAGGCUGAAGCUGGGAGACUUUGGUCUUGCCAUGGUUGUAACUGAACCAGUUUACACCAUAUGUGGUACUCCCACAUAUGUGGCCCCAGAGAUUCUGUGUGAGACCGGUCAGUGCUUCUUUGUUUCGUCUUUUGUAUUAAUCUGAAUCUUCAUCCUCUGUGUUUCUUACUCUAAUUCUGGAUUUUUUUGCAGGUUACGGUGUUGCAGUGGAUGUUUGGGCUUUGGGUGUCAUCCUCUAUAUCCUCCUCUGUGGGUUCCCUCCAUUCCGCAGUCGAGAUCGGGACCAGGAGGAGUUGUUUCAGCUAAUAAAACAGGGACAACUGCACUUUCUGUCUCCCUACUGGGACCCUAUUUCAGAAGGUGAAAAGUAUAGAAAUUAUUAGUUUGUUUGUUUAUUGAUGUAUCUGUUUUUUCAUAGGGACACAAGAGUCCAAUUGGUGUCAUUGCAGGAGCAACAUCCAUAUAAAUAUAGAUGAUCUUGUUUUCUCUCUCUCUCUCCCUCCCUCUCUUUCUUUGUACGUGUGUGUGUGUGUGUGUGUGUGUGUGUGUGUGUGUGUGUGUGUGUGUGUGUGUGUGUGUAGAGGCCAAAGGUCUCGUUAGAGCUCUUUUACAGCCGGAUCCCACUGUCCGGCUGACAGCAGAGCAGACCUCGCUGCAUCCCUGGGUAAAGGCUAUGGCUUCAACCUGCAGGCAGAGGGCGCUCACAGACAAAGCUCAGACAAAUACAGCAGCUUCAGGAGCAAAACCAGACAGAGACCAGGGACAUGUCCAGACCAAUCCAGCAGAAAUAAAGACAAAGCAGGCAGUAGGUCAAGGUAGAGGAGAGGGAGAAAUUAUACCCGAGGAGAUUAGUGAAAUACAGACUGAGAUGAAGAUGGAGAAAGAAAAAGAUGUGGACAAACUACAGCAGCAGCAACAAGAGACGAGUACAGAGAAAAUAUCCCCUCAGCUUGAAGUGCACACAGCUUCAGAGGUCAAACCUGGUCAACAGAGAGCAGAGCGCCCUUAUACAGAGACUGGAACACCCCACAGGGCGCACAGCAGACAGGAAAUACCAGAUGUAGAUCCCAGUGAAACCAGCCUGGGUGUUAAACCUAAUCAGCUCUGUGCUUCUUCAGACCAUGCUGAAUCUCCAGCUCAGAACAAAAACGGCCUACAGAAGUCACCUCCACACUCUCCACGUCCAACCGGCCAGGAACAACAACAAGCCACUGGAGGUCAUUAA